AUGUAUGGCUCCAUGAGUCUAUGCGUUUAUAUAGAUCAUGUUCAUGGAUUAACGAAAAUGUGCCAAAUCUCUAUUUGCCUCUGCCAACCUAUGAGCCUCUUAUUUUUGUGUAUGGCAUAG